UUGAAACAUUACAAUAAUUCAUAAAAAUAUUAAAUAAAUAUUUAGAUUUAAUAUAAAUAUUGUAAAAAUACUAAACAAUCACACUGUUCUAAACUUUUCUUGAAGAUAUACAGAAAUGGCGACCCCUGAAAUGAUGAGUGAAGUUGAUCAAAUUAAAACUUUCAAGGAUUUCCUUGUACAAUACAACAAGCUGUCUGAACUUUGUUUCAAUGAUUGCAUUCAUGAUUUUACGUCGAGGACUUUAAAAUCUACCGAGGACAAAUGCACUGUCAACUGUAUGGAGAAAUAUCUACGAAUGAAUCAGAGGGUUUCACAAAGAUUCCAUGAGUUCCAAAUGCUUGCCAAUGAAAACAUGUUAGCAUUAGCACAAAAAUCUGGUAACCCUAGUUAAAAAGUAUGGUAUAUUUGUGACUUAUCUAGUCAUUUUCUUUAAGGUGUAGUAAGAGAAAGCACACCCUAUAUAAUGAUAUACUUGUGCAAAUGUACAGUGUAUGUCUAAAUUGUUGUCAAUAAAGUUCUGUUAGACAG